AAAAAGAGGAACCCAGCCAUGCCUUGGAAAAUUGGUGAGAAAGCUUGGUUUUCUCCUUCUUUUCUUGCUCUAGAACACACCUAGAACCCAGAAAUUUCCCCCACCCCUCUGCAGAAUCCGGAUCUGCUCUGCUUUGCUCUGUCCUUCUGCCGGCUGCUCCUGCUUUGUGGGGGUGAUUUGCUCCGGUUUUGGACACGUGAGCUUCCCCCUACACUGCCGCCGGCUUCUCCCCCUUGCUAGGCCCGGUUCUGUAGUUGCUAAAUUCUGGAAGUGAAACCGAAGACGGGGAAACCACAGGAAGUGACGAGUUAGAAAGCUAGCCAUUUCGAGAUUUGAUAUAGAUUUUAGAAAUAAAUCGUGAUCUUGUAAACUAGACUUUAUUGGAGAUUAAUGAUAUUAGAGCAAAUUAUAAAAUUUGAUCUUCAGAUUUUGAUGGUAUUAGAUUGUGAAUUUGAUAAGUUCCGAGCCUUGUGCAUUUGUGGGACCCUCUCACGAGUACACGGCAUCUGUCGCGCCUCGAAUUCGAGUUUUGGGGCGUGAUAGUAGCUGCCAAUAAAUUAUCUGUAAAAAU